AUGCAAAUGGCCAGAGGGCAUGUACCCGGUGGCACGAGUUCAAUAAACUAUAUGCAGUACAUAAGAGGAAGCCGACAUGACUUUGAUAACUGGGCUAGAGAGGGUGCAGAUGGAUGGAGUUAUAAGGACGUGCUGUCAUAUUUUAUUAAGUCUGAAGAUAUGCAAAUACCAAGUCUACGAUUUUCACCGUACCAUGGAAUGGGCGGUCCUUUGACUGUCAUUGAUGGAACAGCCACAAAUCUCAGCGAAAAUGUGUAUAGAAGGGGAAUGGAGGAAAUGGGAUACAGAGUGAUGGACUGUAAUGAAAUGACGCAACUAGGCUAUUGUUUUGGGCAAGAAACUGUGAGAAACGGAGAAAGAUGGAGUACUGCCAAAGCUUUCCUAAGACCUGCCAUGAACCAUCCGAAUCUGCACGUGGUGACAAACGCAUACGUUACAAAGAUAUUAAUAGAAAAUAGGAAAGCGGUGGGAAUAACAUUGGUGAAAAACUAUGAAACAUACCAUAUAAAAGCAGAAAAAGAAGUCAACAUUUCUGCUGGAUCCAUAAAUUCACCGAAAAUUCUUAUGUUGUCCGGUAUCGGACCAAAGAAGCAUCUUGAGUCAUUAGGGAUUCCAGUGGUAGCUGAUCUGCCCGUUGGAGAAAACUUAGAGGAUCACAUUAAUGUUCAUAUGUCGUUUAGAGAAAAUACAAGUUCAGCGUAUGACUACUCACCCUUAUUUUUCUUUGAACAUCGUUUAUGAAACUCAGGUCCUUUAAGCAAAUCACACAUAGAGGGGAAUGCAUUUCUUAAUGAUGAUGACAACUUGAUUCCAUACUUACAACUUUUAUUUUACAGUGGUUCAGGAACUUCUCCUUUAAACAAUCAGGUGUUAAAGUUAACCAAUACAACAGCAUUUAGAUCCAUUGGAGCAUCACCAUUUGAGCAUUAUGACGAAAACUAUUUCCUUUACUGCAAACAUUUUCCAUACGCAUCAGACGAUUACUGGAGAUGUAGAGUAGCACUCAACUUUAUAUCUAUGUAUCAUACUACGUCCACGUGUAGAAUGGGAGCAGCUGACGAUAAAACAGCAGUUGUGGAUCCACAACUAAGAGUAAAGGGAGUAAGCAACCUGAGGGUAGUCGACGCUUCCGUCAUGCGCCAUGUUACUUCUGGAAAUACAAACGCCCCAACGACCAUGUUUGCAGAGAAAGUUGCAGGCAUGAUUCGAGAAAUUAAUAGUGUGAAACCAAUCCGGAAAAGAUUGCAGAAUUAUGAAGCAUUAUUAAGAGAGAUGAAAAAAGGAUAA